UUUGUUCCGAGCCCGAUAGUCGUGGUCGCGCCAGGAGCAUCAUCGGUCCGAGGGCUGCCGCGUGACGCAGUGGCCACGCCAUCGCCUCGCCGUGUGCAUUGUGUGGCGCCUCCGUGGGCGCCGGGGAACAGCGCCACGGUGGAGGACGCAGCGACGGACUACGAAUUUGUCAUCAGGCAGCUGGUCAAGAUCCGCACUAUAGGAGUCUCAGAGAGCACCGACUGCCCCAAGUUUGAUCUCAUCCUCCUCAGCAUGGCCUCCGACGGACAUGUGGCCUCAUUGUUCCCUAACCACCAAGCCCUCGAGCUGAAAGACGACUGGGUCACCUACAUCACGGACUCCCCGCAGCCUCCACCCGAGAGAAUCACCUUCACCCUCCCUGUAACAAACUCGGCAUCAAACAUAGCGAUCCUAGCGACGGGCGUCGGCAAGGCAAACGCCGUGCAUUUGGCCGUGUCUGACAGCAGCGACGGUCCAGACGCCCCCGUGUCCCUGCGUGCCACGAUGGUCCAGCCAACGCACGGGAAGCCGGUGUGGUUUCUGGACAAGGCAGCAACCUCAUCACUCGAGGCGCUGUCUGACGGUGCUUACGAGCAGCAGCAUCGUGCGUACUAAGCUAACUGAGAACAAAGCGGAGAUUCCUUUGCUGUGAGAAAUGAAGGCGUGUAGGUACUUAGGUGGGUGGAUCAUAUGAUGGGAGAAGGUUUGCUUCGUUCGACGCCUUUAGUCCUCUUCGUGUUAGUCCGACGCAUGGUUUGUUCCAUGAAAUCGGAAGCGCCGUCAGUUUUGGCAGACGGCGUAGAUGGUUUCGUGCGGCAUUGAUGUUUAUGCGCGCGUCGUGGCCUCGGAGAUGAGAACAUUGAGACCUGAAUUGUGGCCAGUUUGUAUGGUACUGUGAACCCCAUUCUAUCUAGCUAAGGUUAGAUUCUUCUGCAGGCAGGUUUUUCUUUGUAUGUAGCUGAUCCUGUGCGUUGUUUGGAGCACCACCUAGAACCAGAGCCAUAGAUUCGUCUGGUUUUACUUGAUGUGGGUUAUUUGUUUUUCUGUCGGGAUAUUUCUCGUGAUUUCUUCUGUUUGCCAGAUGGAGUUUGGUUCGAUGUAAUUUUGGUGAAUUGCUGCCCAAAAGGUUCUGGAAUUUCAUUCUUGAAAUAGGUGGCUGUACAAGCAUGUGAAUUGCCAUUAUCCGCAUCGUUUUUUUUAUCAUGCAUACUUGUCCCAGGUCAGCCUGGUUGAGAUAAUAUAGGCAAAAAAGAUGCAUGUUGAUUGGUUGCCUGCAUACUCUUAAACACUCUGAUGCAGCUAUUUUUGUAGCCUGCCAUUUGUCCAUCGCAUGCUUCUCAUAAAAUGCAAAUCCUCGAAACUCUCCCUCAGAACACUACAUACCACUUGUCCUAAUAUGGCAGAAGAGCAAACAAUUCUAGCAGCAAGCAAUGGAGCACACUAGACAUGAAAUAUAAGUAAGCAUGCAUGAUCAUACAACACAACAAGUUCAUCCUACCACUACUAUGGUGUCAUCCUACCAUCAAAUCCAAAAGAUGGUGUCAUCCUACUACCGCCAAUUCGUCAUCGGCGUGAUGGUUACUAUACUACCUCAUAGAAAAUAUACAGGCCAACAUUAAGAGUUUAUCAAUCCCUAGCUACCUAAAAUGUACGGAAGCUUCUAAAAGCUUCACAAAACCAUGGUUGAAAUAUUUUCAUAAAAAAUAAAACCUGCAUGGGCCAUCCCAUUUGCUACGCAGUGCCGAAGAGGGUUGUGCGCUAUGUAGCAAAUAGGCGGUGACGACGUGCAUGAUCCUCGACAGCGAUGGCGAUGACGAUGUACAUUUUAUGGUAGUUAGGGAUUGAUAAACUUUAGAUGUUGGCCUGUAUAUUUUCUAUGAGGUAGUAUAAUAACCCUCACGCCGAUGACCAAUUAGCGAUAGUAGGAUAACACCGUCUUUUGGAUUUGAUGGUAGGAUGGCACCUUGGUAGUGGUAGGAUGAACUUGUUGUGCUGUAUGAUCAUGCAUGCUUACUUAUAUUUCAUGUCUAGUGUGCUCCAUUGCUUGCUGCUUGAAUUAUUUGCUCUUCUGCCAUAUUAGGACAAGUGGUAUGUGAUGUUCCGAGGGAGAGUUCCGAGGGUUUACAGUUUAUGGGAAGCAUGUGAUGGACAAGUGGCGGCUACAAAAAUAGCUGCAUCAAAGUGUUUAAGAGUAUGCAGGCAACCAAUCAACAUGUUGAUGUUGGUUUUUUGCCUGUAUUAUCUCAACCAGGCUGAUAUGAGACAAGUAUGCAAAGUGGCAAAAAACGGUGCGGAUGAUGGCAAUGCACAUGCUUGUACAGCCACCUAUUUCAAGAAUGAAAUUUCAGAACCUUUUGGGAAGCAAUUCAGCAAAAUUACGUCGAACCAAAUUCCAUCUCGCAAACACAAGAAAUCACAAGAAAUAUCACGGCAGAAAAA